AUGGGACGACUGGGAGAAGUCUACACAAUUCAGCCGGAUCCAUUUGGUCCGUCGACUACUCCAGUCUUGCUGCGCGUGUGCCUCUUUCGUGAUGUGCAGAACCUGGCCGAGUUACGCAAGCGUCUGGAUGCCGGAGAUCUGUCUUGCAGCCUGCUCAGGGCUGAUACGAUUCUGGCCAUGUUCCAACUACUAGUUGCGGCGAAUCGCGCAUUGCACUACCAGGCGCAGCAGAAGAUGAAGACCAAAAGUAUUCACACGGAAUUGGUCUACUCGCUAUCACCAACAAAAAACAUAUCAGAAUCGUUACAGACGUUCGGCGCGAACGACUCGACGAAGGACGUGAUCGUCGCCGUAUUUGGUGACAAAAGCGGCUCCGUAAUGAAAGACAUAGCCAAAGUGAUCAAAGGCAAGGCCGUUCCCCUGCGUACCCUCGGUGAUGUUUCCAACUCUGAUUUGAUCAAGAAGGUGCGACAACAACCAAGUUGA